UUCUGAAGAGGCCAAUCAUCUACUGUUCGCUAACCUCUCCACUGUCAAGCCACAACCCCUGCCUACACCCUUCACCCUGGGGUUACUGGGGAAAAAACACCAAUGAUGUGACUCUAGUCUAAGUUCUGGAGUUUAUACGCCUUUCUCAGCUGAGUGGACAGUGUAAGACCAGACAAGCAAUUGGACUCAAGAAUUAUAAAUAGAUCAAAGACACAGAGACCGCCUGUUACAAAGUUUCUCUUAGGCAGGAAGGUCAGAGAGCUAAUUUAAUAGUGAACACAGAGAAAACAGAGACAAGAGAUGACAGCUGGUAUAAAGAAAAGAAGGCGUAUAAAUAUAAAAGGCAGUCCUGGAAUAUUAUGUUAGCUUUCUUAUCGGUCUGAGCACAGGACAUGGGAAAUACACUAGUGUAAAAGGGGACAUACUCACAAGACUGCAAUACAAUAAUCAAUACAACUGAAUAUGGUAAAAUGUAGAUAACAAUGGAUAAUCUAAUGCAAGAUGUUAAUAAGGCAAAUCACUGUCACUUGAUCGCUGAUUUUGAUUGACACAUGCCAACAGUAAAUCCUUCAAUUUCUUCACAAUCACAACUCCGACUGCCCCCUCUAAGACCCAAUAGCCUGAUCUCCUUAUGAAGCCCAUAUCAGGUCUCCCAGACAGCUUGAUGGACCAGGACAGCAUCUCCAAUCCUGGCACACUCCCUGACUCAGUGCUGACACCUCAGAACAUUACCAUCGGGACCAUUGAGUACAGUCUCAGGGUUGACAGGGCAGUGGAUGACAAGGCUGUGGAUGACAGAGCUGUCGAUGACAGUGCAGUGGAUGACAAUGUGACUAACUGUGACUCUGACUAUGACACACGUGUCUUAAUCUUGCUCUCGAAGGAUCCAACAACAGAAGCCAACCGGAUUAGUGAACAGGGGCCCCUGAGCCUGUCAGAAAUGGGCCAGCGUGAAAUCGAGCUGCCCUCUGUCACUGUUGGGAGCUUAACAAGCAAGAUCAGGCCCACGACACCAGAGGUUAUCUUCAUAUCCACGGAGGAGGAAGAAAGUGACACUUCUAAUGAGUUGUGGUUGGACGCGUGCCAAUAUUUGGCAGAUGAGGAGAAUGAGGGGGCUAUUUUAGACAAGUGUGGACAUUCUCUGGACAUGGGCAGGACUUGGACAAGAUUCUCUGCCGACAAUACAAAGGUGUCAGAUUUCACCUGUGACACUGUCAUUGGUCAGGUUGGCAGUGACUUGGACCAGUUGAGGCCACCGGUUGAGAGGUGGCUGUCUGCAGACAGCUGGUCAAGCGCACUUUCAGACUGGGCAGUCGAAGAACAAGUCCCUGAGGACUUCAUUGCAGCCUUCACGCCAACACAAACAGCCACUCAGGGACAUCCACAGUUGCCCAUGGCCAUCCAGGACCAGAUGUUGGAGCCCAGCCCCAGCACAGAGAGCCCCAUCCUCACCGGGCAACACUGUUUCAGCACCACCAGCCCUACCAUCCCAGGCAAACUACUUAAGGAAGCCCAGUUCCAGGUCAGAGACAACCAGACAACCAAGUUGAAGAGGGAAACAUCAUCAGUGAAAGGAGAUAAGGAGCCCAGAGAGAGCCAAGCCACCCAAGAUGACAGCUUUGACUGCCCUGCAGACAUACUCUCAUCUGUGUGUUCACUCUGUGGCACGCGGGCCUCUGAACAAUAUCUUUUCAAUGUGGGCGCACCAUCAGACAGAGUUUUUACAGGGAAUUAUGAUGCUGGCGUGGAAAUAGACACUCUCUUAUUGUCUGCUGAAGAGGACAGUGAGUGUCAAUAUACCUUCCUGGAGGGUGAAUAUACCUUUGUGAAGAAGGAUAAAAAAGAGAGUUGUAGAGAUGUACUGAGGAAGGUGACAGAGAAAGACGUUGUGACGCAGCUGGCUUCGCUGGUGGAGGAGAGAGGCGCAGGGAGUUAUGGGUCAGCAAUAAGCCUCUCACAUUUCCCAUGUCAAGAGGCGACCAAGGUUGAGUGUGUGUGUGGCAAAGCAGCCGAACAGUUGACGGAGCUUCACAUCUCCACACACACCCAGAGGAACACUCUCGUGACCACAGACUUGCAAGGAAAGGGCACACACUUGUCCUUAAACACAUCGUCCCUCCAGGAGGGGAAUAAGGAAGGAACAUGGGGGAGUCCACAUUUUAUUGUGCCAUUAGCUCCUCUCAGUGUUGGCUCCACUCAUAGGUCAAACAGUGCUUUGGGAGGAGAGACAGCCUGUGUCAAGAGCUCUUUCAAUGGUGCCAAAGGCCACACUUGUCCCUGUACACAACCUAGCGAACUCUGGCUAUCCUUUAGAGGAAAUACUGACAAGCCGAAUUUGGACAAUCAUGUUAACAACUUGUCAGGUAGGCAUCGUGGACAGUUGACGUUUGUCUCCAGUUGGAGUCUGAAUAAAGAUUCUCUCACGUACUCUGGUGAAAAGAAGGAGUUUUCCUUCAAUGACAAGACAACAAACGCACAGGAACUCAGGGAACUUGGCAAAGAACUAUCCAAUCUGGUCAUACUGACCGGUGAUAACCUUGUGGUCUCUGAGGAAGACCGAGUUGCCUGUGUCACACUGGAUCUCCAGGACUCUUUGACCUCCAGUUUUAAACCUGUUUUCAAAACUGUUAUGGCGGGCAAUGGACACUGCAUUGUGGAUCAGAAAAUGGGCCAGAAGAUGCCUCAUGCCAAGUACACUUCAGAGAUGAAAACACGCUCCAAGAAGGAUUUGUGUCACCAAUUAGCUCCGCAGGCUUCAAAGAAGCAGGAGAACCAGAUUCUUGGACCAAACCAAACGUCCUCAAAGCAGCAGGAGAAUAUGGGAACCAAUGAGAACCAGGACAACAGCUUGGUGACCGUCAUAGAGACCGUUGUCGUCACAGAGAAAGUUGCAAAAGCCCAUGGUAAGAAAAAGAAAAAACACUCCCAGAAUGCAGCGGUGAAAAGCGAGGCUGAGCCAUUGGUGGAGGUAGAGAAUGGAGCUAAACAGAAAAUAGCAAAAGGUAAGAAUUACAUCACUGAGGCCAAGGCAUCUGCCAUGAGCAGGCAAAGUAACCCAACAUCAGCUUGUCAGAAAGACAACAGUGAAACAGAUUACCCUCAAAGACAGCCACAGCAACCUGCUGUCAAAUAUGCAUCUGAGGGGGUCACUAACAAAGGGGUCUCUGUAGGGGAACCUCUCUCUGUGGCCCCUAAGGUACCCCAGAAUAUUGUCUUAUUGGGCCAGCGGAGUGAUGAUGUCAUCAAACGGCGACGUGUUUCUGAGCUGAAGUUGGGUAAGCACGCGGUGGAAUCCAAAGCACAGCAGUCAGAGUGUUCUGUCCAAGCGAGGGGAGAGGAGACCAAGGCACCUGUGGAAACAGCUCGGAAAAAAGCCUACAGUGAAGUGGUCAAGAAGAACGUUCACAGAAACAUAGAAGUGCCCAGAGUGGUACAGCCCAUCCAGGCAGGACCCGUUGAUGAAGACCCUCAGAGCCUCUGUCUGUGGUGCCAGUUCUCCGCUGUGUUCACAGACCACACAGUCACAUGGACCAGAGACGGUGCUGCCCUGGCUGUGGUCCAUAGAAGUGCAGGAGAUGAGAGUCGAGUGUCCGUCACUCUCUCCAAGGCGUCUAACAAGGACCUGGGAAGGUACCAGUGCUGCCUCAGAUGUCCUGAUGGCUCCGUCUCCCUGGACUAUCUCCUCACCUAUGAAGUGCUCAGUGAGAUCAUCAUCCCCCCUCAGAGAAAUAUCCCAGCUGCCCCUGCAGAGGUGGAAGAGGAGGAAGAGGAGAUCAAGUGCUCCAGGCUGCUGUUUCACAAGGACUUCCUGUGUGACCAGCACUUCGCAGAGGACCAGUCUGCUAGCGUAGUGACAGAGAAGGUCCACUUUGGCGAGGGAAUGCACCGCCGUGCCUUUCGUACUAAGAUGCAGGCUGGCAUGGUCUCUGUAUUUAUGCCUGGGCACCCCUGCGUGCUGAAGGUCCACAACGCCAUCAGCUACGGGACCAAGAACAAUGAGGAGCUGGUUCAGAGGAACUACAACCUGGCUGUAGAGGAGUGCCACGUUCAGAACACAGCCAGAGAGUACAUCAAGGCCUACACAGUUGUGGCCCAGUCCAAGGAGUCCUUUGGCGAUGUUCCAGAGAUCAUUCCCAUCUACCUGGUCCACCGGCCUUCCAAUGACAUCCCGUAUGCCACCCUGGAGGAGGAGCUGCGGGGAGACUUUGUCAAGUACUCAGUGAGGGACGGGAAGGAGAUCAACCUCAUGAGACGCGACUCAGAGGCUGGGCAGAAGUGCUGCACUUUCCAGCACUGGGUUUACCACAAGACUGAAGGAAACCUGCUGGUCACCGACAUGCAAGGAGUUGGAAUGAGACUGACAGAUGUGGGAAUCGCAACCUGUAAGAAAGGAUACCGAGGUUUCCGUGGUAACUGUGCCACAUCCUUCAUCGACCAGUUCAAAGUCUUGCACCUGUGCAACAAGUACUGUGAGCUGUUAGGACUCAAAUCUCUACAGCCUAAACCCAAGAAGGUGGUCUCUGCCCUUAAACCUAAAGCACACCCUGCCCCUAAAAAAAAGACAUUUGGACCCACUGUCAAGGGCAAGCUCUGAUAGGUCGAUGCCCUCAGAUCACAGGCAUUAGAUGGCUGUCGGAGAUGGCGGAGUCAAGGUUGCACCACAUGCUGUUAGGGCUUUGAUCUGGGCUGGGGGCCUAAACUGUGGAGAAAUCAGUCAAAUGUGCUUCUGAUCCUGGCCAACUACUAAUUCGGAUUAACAGGUGUAUUUCUUGUAUUUCAGCAGUUUGGGGACAGGAUAAACGUCUUAUAUUUUAUUGGACUUCACAUUAACUAUUUGUCUCUAAAAUGUUAUCUUGUUGCAUCUGAGUUUUUUGUACUUUGAAGACACAUUUGAACAUUUUGAUUGAUUUAACGUGUCAUAUAAAUACAUACAGCAGUUUGUGAAAUAAAAAAAUGUAAGCUGAAAGAUUAUUCUGCUACAGUUAAAAAGUGAAAAUAUUGUAUGUAGAAGUUGGACUGAAAGUGUUGGUUUUGUUCCAAGGCAAUGAAACAUUGUGAUCUCCGAAACUCAGUAUCUAUGUAUAUUUUCUAGUGUGUAAUACAAUUUGUUUAUUUAGUAAAUACUUUUUUGUCUAAUUUUAACUCUUUUUGUUUACUUUAUCUUGACAUUCACCACAUUACCAAAAUAUUUAUAACGUAUGAUAUAAAAUUAUCCAGAAGUCUACAACCAAAGCUUAAAUCAUAUAUUUUAACUAUAAUGUUUAAAGGAAAUUUAUAAUGAUUGCCAGUUAUUAACCUACACAGAAGUCCCAGGGGAGGUAGAGUGUGAUUCUAACACUUGAGAGCCCCGCCUUCCCUGCCGACAUCUUAAGCCAGCUGUCUCAUACAACCUAGUCAGAAUGCUGGCUGUGCCUCUAACCCUGCCAGGAGGUUAUGGGAGAUGUGCAUUGACAUCUGAGCUGCCAGCCUCUACACUGUUCACACCACUGCUACUGUAAUUUAGGUUGUCUUACUGAAUUAGGUAGGGUGGUGCAAUGGGUGGUAGUGGUCCUCCUCAGCUGUCAAUUUGUGUUUAUGUUAGCGUGUGUGAGAGCGAGAGAGAUUACAGAUACCGACAUAGUCACUGUUGUUUGUCGGCUAUUUUCAUAGCCAUCUAUUCUGAUGUCAUACAGUCAUAGUUUGGCAGCCAGAAAUGACAUGGCAUGACAGCUCCAUUGUGAUUUAAAAUGCAGACCACCUGGUCCAAAAGAACGUGAGAAUGUGAUUGAAGAGCAAAAUAAAUGGUACAAUAAAGGUUCAA